GUUUUCCCACACCCAUGAUGCUCUCGAACAGCUGUUGAUUCCAAGAUGACGGAUCCUACAACAUCGCCGGAGGAUCACUGGGUCAAAAACGAUGGGGCUUUCAGUGACAAUGGAUUUGACCACAGUUUCUUUGCUGAGAAUGCAAGGAAGGGUACUGUGGUCUCCAGGGCUAACAGCAUCGGGUCCACAAGUGCCUCAUCAGUACCAAAUACAGAUGAUGAAGACAGUGACUACAGGCAUGAGACCACCUACAAGGAGUCCUACAAAGACCGGCGGAGACAGGCACACACACAGGCCGAGCAGAAACGACGGGAUGCUAUCAAGAAAGGAUAUGAUGAUCUACAGUCCAUAGUGCCCACCUGCCAGCAGCAGUCUGAGUUUGCUGUGGGGACACAGAAGAUCAGCAAGGCCACAGUGCUGCAGAAAACCAUUGACUACAUCCAGUUUCUGCACAAGGAGAAGAAGAAGCAGGAGGAGGAAAUGUCUAUGCUGAGGAAGGAAGUGAUGGCACUGAAGAUCAUGAAAACGAACUAUGAGCACAUAGUGAACGCCCACCAGAACAACCCUCAGCAUGGGGAGGAGCAGGUGUCGGACCAGGUGAAGUUCAGCGUGUUUCAGAGCAUCAUGGACUCCCUGUUCCAGUCCUUCAGCAGCUCUGUGUCUGUGGCCAGCUUCCAGGAGCUGUCUGCUUGCGUCUUCAGCUGGAUCGAGGAGCACUGCAAGCCUCAGACAUUGCGUGAGUUUGUGGUGGGAGUUCUCCGGCAGCUCAACAGCCAGCUGUAUUAAUGCUGUCCAGGCGUAAACUCCGGACAGGAAUCUCCCUUCAGGGAUGGAGCCGGGGCUUACCCUGGGUUCUCAGGGUCUGGUAGAGACCUCACAUAUCAACCUAUCUUGUUCCCUCCUGGUCUGCAGUAUUUAAAUCGUUAACUCUUACUCAACUCACCACCAGGGUCUGCAGCAGGGUUGGGUGUUUCCUGUCUAGUCAGGUCAAAUCCAGCCCAGCAUUCUGUCUGUGGUUUUAGUCAUCAGGGGUUCUCCUCAUUGCAGAAUAGAGUUGUGUUCAACGAGGCAAAUGGCCACUAUUGCUUGUAAACGUUCCGUAAUGUUUACAUUCACCACAAAUCGGGGGUUGGAACCAAAAUAAUUGUUUAAUUGUUCCAUUCUGAACUUUGUAAUUGUUUUCUGUUCCAGUGUUCAAACCAGCAUAAAGUUAUGAACCAGUUCGAAUCAAAUCCAAGACUGUCUGCAGCAUGAGUUAAAAGGUAGAAUUCAAACAAGUUGUGAUGGUAUUUGAGAAUUGUUAAAUGUUCAUCAUUGAUUGUGAUGUUAUAUGAUUGCUGUUGUGUCCAUGUUGUGACAGAAUCAAGCAUAUUUGUAAGUCUGUUACUGCAGCUUUUCGCCUUUUCAUAAUCUUUAUUGGCAAAAAGACACGGUAGAAUAGUGAUUUAAUGAAUAGUUCUGUAUUAAACAGGAUCUCUGAACCAAAAAACUGGCCAGGAUUCAAUCAGAUUAGUGGUAAAUGCAUAGCUUAUCAUUGCUUUUGUUUAGGUGGUGUUACUCCGUUAGAGCUGUCAAAUCCACAAGAAGCUCCUGGCGUUAACCGUAACUGGCAUUGCCAUUGGAUGCACCGAGUCAUAUUAGUAGAAAUCCCGUGCAGCCAUGUUACAAAUUAUAACACUGAAAUGUGUGAUACCUACACCUCGAUUAGGGUGGUACAAAUCUCGAUUUCAUUUAAUGAUCGAGUGUCAUUUCAAUAUAGGCUACACGUUCUUGUUCUGAACUUCCAAGGUGGGUGGGAUAUAAGGACGGGUGUGGUUUUACAAUGAUCAGCCGAUCUGACAGCUCUAACACCGCCUAAACAAAAGCAAUGCGUUUGUCGGCUGACGCAGGUUACCAUAGAUCUGAUUGAAUCCUGGCCUUAAACAGUCAAGAAUGUAAAAAUGAAUGUGAAUGAUAAUUUAUUUUGACAAUGUGCUCAGGAGAACUUGUACCAAAUGUAUCUUCUGGUAAACUUAACAGAUGUGAAUGUUUAAUCUGUGUAAUCACCUGACUUUAAAAAGGGAUAAUUUUAUACGACAAGUCUCUGUGCUGGUAUAAAUAAAAUCAGGUCUACUGUUACAUUA